AUGACAAUUUCUUAUAAUUUAGAUGUCUCAUCAACAAGUACCCAUGCCUUUUUAAAACUUUUAUUUCGAUGGAGAGGAUCAAUCUGGAAAUCUGUUUAUGGUGAAUUUUUUAUAUGGACUAUAUGUUAUUAUACAAUUAUGUUUAUUUAUCGUGUUUUAUUAACAGAAAAUCAAAUGCAUAUUUUUGAACUUUUUGCAUAUGAUUGUAAUAAGAAAUUAGAUUAUAUUCCAUUAACAUUUAUGUUAGGUUUUUUUGUUACAAUUGUUGUUGAUAGAUGGAAAAAUAUUUUUUCUAAUAUAGGAUUUAUUGAUACUGUAGCAUUAGUUAUAUCAUUAAAUGUCCGUGGAACAGAUGAAGAAACUAGAAUACGAAGAAGAAAUUUAGUUAGAUAUCUUCUUCUAACACAAGUUCUUAUUUAUCGUGAUAUAUCAGUUAGAGUUAGAAAACGAUUUCCAACAAUACAAAGUAUUGAAGAUGCAGGAUAUUUUGAACCUCAUGAAACAAUUUUAUAUAAAGAAACACAAACAAAAUAUUCAAAAUAUUGGAUACCUAUUAAUUGGUGCCUUAGUAUAUGUUAUGAACUUCGUAAACAAAAUAAAAUUGAAAGUGAUCCUGGUUUAAGACAAUUAACUGAUGAAAUCAAAUCUCAUCGUAUAAAAUUAGGUUCAUUAUGUGAUUAUGAUUGGGUUCCUGUACCAUUAGCAUAUCCACAAGUUGUCUUUACAGCUGUUCGUGUUUAUUUUAUUAUAUGUUUAUGGUCUAGACAAUUUUUAAUUUCUGAUAAUAAUUUUAAUACUAAAAGUAUUAUUGAUAUGUAUGUACCAUUUAUGACAAUGCUUCAAUUAAUAUUUUAUAUGGGAUGGUUAAAAGUAGCAGAAGCAUUAUUAAAUCCAUUGGGUGAAGAUGAUGAUGAUUUUGAGGUUAAUUAUAUGAUUGAUAGAAAUACAGGAAAUGGUUUUUGUAUUGUUGAUAUGUCACAUAAUGAAAUACCAUAUCAAAAAUUGGAUAAAUUUAUUUGUAAUAAAGAAGCAAUGUAUUCAGAAGAUACAGCUGGAGAUACUAUUAAUCCACUUGUUGGUUCAGCAACACGUGCUACAAUUAAUGUUAAAGAUGAAAAUGUUAAAAUGGUUCCACAUAAUAAACCAUCAAAAGUUGGAAAAUCCCAAGUUUCAGAGAAUGAUGAAGAAAAAGAAGAUAAAAUUGGUAUAAAAAGAAGUAUAAAGAAUAAAGAAAGAGCAACAACAAGUAGACUAUCACCUUACAGAGGAUUAAAACAAAAGUUUAGUUUAAACAAACCACGAUCCCAAUCUUUUAUGGAAGAUAAAGUUAAUCCAUUUGAUGUUUCAUAUAAAACACGUAUACAAGUCUCAAGACCAACAUUAGAAGGAACAUUUAAAGAAGAAGAUGAUAAUAUAUCAGAUGAUAAAUUAGAUAUAGUUGUUCAUUCACAAAAUAAAAUAGAUAAAACAAAUGAAAAAGAUAUCAUUCAACCAUGUACACCAAUUAUAACAACACCAAUAAUGGAUAGGUUAACAAUUCCUUCCUCUCCAACAUGUAGUGAAGAAAAAAUUUUUACAUCGUCACAAAAAGAAGGUACAAAUAAUAAGAAAUAA